AUGAGCGUUCGUCGUGCCGCCGGGGCUCGCAGCGGGGUCGCCUCGAUGACGGUCGGAGCCCGGCUCCCCGCGGGUCGGGGGGCUAGGGGCCGGGCGGCUCCCGCAAGCGGCGGCCAGGUGGGAGCGCGGGGGCCCGGGGGCGCAGAGGGCGCAGAGGUUCCCCGGGCGCAGGGUGAGAGACCGGCGACUCCGGCGAGGCGUGGGGAAGUGGAGGAGAGUUUGGAGCCGGGGACGCGGGGCUUGGGCCGGGAUCUGGGAAGCGGAGCUCAGCUCGGCUUCGCCACCCUGCCGGGCGAAUUGCUCCGGUUUCGGCAGAAGACCCAGGACUCGGACAUCCCAAGGACAAGAAUUAAGCGGAGCAUCAGCCUCCAACACAUCCCCCUGCACAGCCAAAUGGAGUACAGACAGCCUUCGAGCUCGGGGAGUUCCAACUCCACCAGCCCUGGUUCAUUUGCAACAACUGGAGGGAGAGGGCAGGAUACGAGAAUGAACAAUGACAUCGAUGCCAUCAAGGUGGAGCUUGCCAAGGCUGAGGCAAUGCUAGGGAGCAUGAACCAGCCAGGCGCGGUCCAGUCAACUUACACAUCAGAGUCCUUCUCGAGUAAUGGGAGGCCGGAUGCAUUCAUAGAGGAGGAGUUGAAGAAAGUUGGGUCCCUGCUGCAGAAGAAUCGCAGCUCAUCAGAAACGUUUUCAUCAUUUGGCUCGAGCCACCCGUCUCCAUCCAACGGCUCGGUGCUCGGCUCGAGCUUUGCCUCCGGCAGCUUCCAACACAAUACGGCCGGAAAACCAGCGAGCAGCAGCUCCUACUCCUUCGAGUACCAAGGCGGCGCAGCCUCCAAACCGGCAGGAUCCACCUACUCCAGCGAGCACCAGAGCAACGCAUCUGCCAAGCCGGCGAGCACCACGUACUCUAGCGAGUACCAGAGCAGCACAGCAGCGAGGCCAGCGAGCAGCACGUACUCCACCGAGUUCAAUCGCAGCGCAGGAGCAGGCCCAGUGAACAGCUAUUCCAGCGUUGAAUAUCAAAGCGGCACGUCCGCCAAACCGGCGAGCAGCGCGUACUCUAGCGAGUACCAGAGCAGCACAACAGCGAGACCAGCGAGCAGCACGUACUCCACUGAGUUCAAUAGCAGCUCAGGAGCAGGCCCAGUGAACAGCUAUUCCAGCGUUGAAUAUCAAAGCGGCACGUCCGCCAAACCGGCGAGCAGCGCGUACUCUAGCGAGUACCAGAGCAGCACAGCAGCGAGACCAGCGAGCAGCACGUACUCCACCGAGUUCAAUAGCAGCUCAGGAGCAGGCCCAGUGAACAGCUAUUCCAGCGUUGAAUAUCAAAGCGGCACGUCCGCCAAACCGGCGAGCACCGCGUACUCUAGCGAGUACCAGAGCAGCACAGCAGCGAGGCCAGCGAGCAGCACGUACUCCACCGAGUUCAAUAGCAGCUCAGGAGCAGGCCCAGUGAGCCGUGCCUACUCCGGCGAGUACCAAGGCAGCGGAGGCAGCGCAAGCGCCCUGAAGCUUCCGUCCAGCCGGAAUGCGGAGUCAUUCGACUGCGGCCUGCAGCAGCAAGCGCAGCAGAGCAGCAGGGACGAGAUGGCCCAGUCAAGCCAACAGCAGCUCUUGAACAAGCAGAAGGAGAUCGAGGCGGAGAUGGAGCGACUUUAUUCUGCUGUAAAGAUGAUGGAAGGCGGCUUUCCUCGUGACUCAAUUAUAGUGACUCCCGUCCAAACCAGUAGCAGCAGCAGCAGCAGCACCUCCUGGGAACCGAAUACUUCGGUGACUUCCAGCUCCUCUCACUCGUUGCAGUCACUGCCGGAGGACCGGAAAGAAGAACUGGAGGAAAUAAAACCCAGGGCCGUGAGCUGGGCUGAUCUCAAAGCCACUGGUGAAUUGGAGACAGUCACCAGAGAGGAGAUUGUGAGUGCCAUUACCAAAACGACCGCCAUGCCAGUUGGACUCUGGGACUUCACGCUGCCGCCCGCCUACAGGCCUUCGAACACGUCUGGCAGCGGCGGGAGUGCACAGGCGGAGGGGCAGCACGCGAGCGAGGCCUCGCUGCAGGCCACCUCGUCGGGGGCUCUCAAUGCCGGCCGUUCGUGGGCAACGUCGAGUGGCUCGACGAAGCUGGACGCCUUCGGAGACGCGGACCUGACCGCGACCGGCGAUGGCUCGCAGGGGGCCAAGUCCGAAUGCUGCGGGAGGGUUCACGCAGAGUCAGUGGCCCUGCGGGAGAAGGUGCAGGGCAUGGACGAGCUGCUCAAGUCGCAGUCCCGUAAGAUGAUGGUGCUGCAUAAGCAGCUGGAUGAGAAGGAGCAGGAGAACGUGGAACUUCGGGCGCAGCUGCAGAAGCUGCAGGCGCAGUCCUCAUCCUGGAGUUCUGGCCACUCCACAUCCAUGCGGAGGAUGCCAGCUGGGGGCAGCACAGACUACCCGUUGCUCAGACUCGCGGGCACGCGGAGCUCCACCCGGCAGUGAAAGGAGGAGGAGGUGGUGGUGGCGGUGGUGGUGUCACUCGUCAAGACGCUGCCCUCGGGCCGCCGCAACGUCGGCGUGCCACUCACUGCAUGGCACCUUCCACUGCAGCACAUCGCGCAGCCACUGUUUACUGUAACUCGCGUUUGGAUGGCACAAAGAUGCAGAUGGAAUUUCCUUCAUUAAGCAAAGGCCCAUCGAGCAGCUCUACAUAAAUAUUACUUUCACCUGCCAUCGUGCCGUGUCAUUUGUGCCACGCGUAUUCUAUGCGUGGGUAUAUCAGUGCAGUAUUAUUCAUGAAUCUUCGCAUCAUUGCCGCUUUGAAAGCUAUAGAGCCUGGGGGAUUAAAUAAUGCACUCUUGGUUUUUUGCUGUCUUCUAAAAGUGUAGCUUCUGAGGAUUAAGUGGCAUGAAACGGCACUUCGCACGCUUCUCUACGCUGCUGCAGGGGUGCUGGUGGGUGGAUAAAGGAAGAUUGAGUGCACGACAGGGGUGGAGCCAGGAUUUUGACUUUGGGGGGGGGCUGACUUGAAUUUUCUGAGAUAUCCAGUGUGUAAUGUUUUCCAAUGGGCGCCACAAAUGUAUAAAACAAAUUUUAUUGGAUUUGAACG